UCCCUCCUCCCCCUUCACUUACCCUGUCUCCUCCCUCGCGCUUGUUGUUGGAGCGAGGGCUCAUGUGACCGGGGCGGCCGGGCCCAGCCGGACAGCGCCCACCGCUCCCGCCCCCGCCUCCCGGCCCGGCCUGGCCCGGCCAUGGGGUGCUGCUACAGCAGCGAGAACGAGGCCUCCGACCAGGAAGAGGAGACAAAGCGGCUGCUGGAGCCUGCUGCCAGCCCCCCAAACAAGGCGCUGAAUGGCACGGAGCACAGCUAUCACAGCCUGCCAUCUGCCCGCACUGAUGAGCAGGCCAUGCUCUCGUCCAUCCUUGCCAAGACUGCCAUUAACAUCAUUGACGUGUCGGCUGCCGACUCCCAGGGGAUGGAGCAGCAUGAGUACAUGGACAGAGCCAGACAGUACAGCACGCGGCUGGCGAUGCUGAGCAACAACCUGACGCACUGGAAGAAGCUCCCGCCUCUGCCGUCUUUGACCAGCCAACCACAUCAAGUGCUAGCGAGUGAACCCGUCCCCUUCGCAGACUUGCAGCAGGUGUCCCGGAUAGCCGCCUACGCUUUCAGCGCGCUCUCACAGAUCCAUGUGGAUGCAAAAGAGGAGCUCGUGGUGCAGUUUGGGAUCCCCUGAGCUGGCGCCCGUGUUCGCCUGCACCCCCUCGCUCUUUCUGUUGCCCUCUUCCUCUCUCCCACCGGCGCCUUGCUGCCACAGAACUUGUACAGAUCCCCCCAUUUCCUACUAAUUGCCCAGGAGACCGGCACCAUCGCCCAGGCCCCGCUGCUGUAGGAGGCCAUACCUGGUCCCAGGCUUUCCUUUUCUUUCAUGUGCGUGUGUGCGGGGGGCAGGCUAGCAUAGCUGUGGGGAGGUGGGGAGGGGAGAUGUUGUAUUUCAUAGGAAGCCUGUAUUGUUGAGCACAACGGGAGGCAUUUCUCCAGCUCCCGGGUGCCUUUGUUUCAAAGAUUGGGGACAAGUUGGACUCCUGGCUCUUGGCAGGUGGGGUGGGCUUCAGUAUCCCUCCCAGUCUACCAACUGCUGGUUCACGGGGUGCUGCACUUGAGGCAAUGCCCCCCAGGCCCUCAUAUGUUCCUGGAGGGCUGGGCUGGUUGGUGGGUGGGUGUGUGUG